AUGGCCCGUCGCUGUAUUAUACGCCUCUCUCGACUUUUGCGUCUGAACGUCGUCAUUAGGCAAUUUGAUUCAGCCCAAAAGGCUACUUCAGAUCAAGAAAUUAAAGCAAUGGAUAUGUGCAGCUUAUCAGCUACAAUUACGUCUUGCAUUGGUGGCAAGGAUGAAAAGUUUGCUGUACAAGUGUGUACGACAACACCAAGUAGCGUAUACUUUGUUUACAAGACUAUGGACGAGUUUAUUGCAUUAUGGGAGGCACUUAAAUCCAUUGCACGUGACAUUCAGCGAUAUACUUGCUGUCAAGACGAACACAAUCCAGUUGAGAAUAAGUUGAGCUUAUUCGCUAAAUGGAUAGCAAGUGUUGUCAACAAUUACGCGUUUCGACAGAUCAUCCGAGACUUACGUGCUCAGGAGAAAGAGACGAUGAGCACACUUAACAUGUUUUUGCAAUUUCUCGUGGCACGUCUUUCCGCGUUAUCGAAGGAUAAUGGUAUGCUCGCAUCUCCAAUAGGUUCCCAAUUUGUCACUUUAGUCACCAAGUUUUUUCAACCACAAGUCGCAGCUUUCCUCGUCACCGAGUCGAUUGUUGAAUUGUCUUCAAUGGACACUACAAGUGUUGACCGUAAACGAUCGAUAGAAGAAAUGAGACCGGAAGAUGGCGAGAUGCAGCAGCGUCGAGGUCUCUUUCCUACACAAAGUAGCAGUGAACGAACUGUCAAGACCCAGAAGUUUUGUAUGCGUGAAUGGGUCAUUCCACCCGCUAAUAAAUUGGGCAUGGUGGCUUCCAUGACAUCUCGUCGGCGGGUGUUUGCUGAAGUAGACUUUUAG